GGAGGGCACCCUGAAGGCAGAAUGCCCUGUAGAGCCUCCUCCCCAGCUCUGGCCACCUGCUGGCUCCUGGGGACCCUGUUAGGCUCCACCGCCGGUGAAGCUACCAAAGGCACUGUGCCCCGCCUCCGGCUCUCCUACAAAGAUCUACUGGCCACCAACCGUUCUGCCCUCUUCCUGGGCCCCCGUGGCUUCCUGGACAUGCGGGGCCUGCAUCUCGACGAAUAUCGGGAUCGUCUCUUCCUCGGGGGCCGGGAUGCCCUCUACUCUCUGCGGCUGGACCAGGAUGGGGCUGAUCCCAAGGAGAUUUCCUGGCCACCCCAACCUGGACAGAAGGAAGAGUGUUUCCAGAAAGGAAAAGAUCCCAUGACUGAAUGUGCCAACUACAUCCGUGUGCUCCAGCCAUACAACAGGACCCACCUGCUGGCCUGUGGCACUGGGGCUUUCCACCCAGUGUGCGCCCUUGUCUCCGUGGGGCUCCGGGGAGAGCAUGUGUUCAGUCUGGACCCUGCCAACGUGGAAAGUGGGCGGGGACGGUGCCCACAUGAGCCCAACCGACCCUUCGCCAGCACCUUUGUCAGUGGAGAGCUGUACACAGGCCUCACUGCAGACUUCCUGGGCCGAGAGGCCAUCAUCUUCCGCAGCCUAGGAUCCCGGGCAGCCUUGCGCUCAGACACUGACCAGAGCCUCCUGCAUGAUCCCCGCUUUGUGGCGGCUGCCAUGAUCCCGGACAGUGCGGACCGAGACAAUGACAAAGUCUACUUCUUCUUCUCGGAGACAGAACCCCUGCCCGGUGGCCAGGGCCGGUCCAUCGUCAGCCGUGUUGGCCGUGUCUGUGUGAAUGAUGCUGGUGGGCAGCGUGUGCUGGUGAACAAAUGGAGCACUUUCAGCAAGGCACGGCUGGUCUGCUCCGUGCCGGGACCUGGUGGCAUUGACACCCACUUUGACCAACUGGAGGAUGUCUUCCUGCUGAGGCCCAAGGACGGGAAGAGCCCAGAGGUGUACGCCCUGUUCAGCACUCUCAGUGCCGUGUUCCAGGGUUUUGCCGUCUGUGCAUACCUGAUGGCUGACAUCUGGGAGGUCUUCAAUGGGCCGUUUGCCCACAGGGAUGGGCCCCAGCACCAGUGGGAGCCCUAUGAGGGCAAGGUGCCCUUUCCUCGCCCUGGGGUGUGCCCCAGCAAGACCACAACACAGCCCAGCCAGCACUACAGCAGCACGAAGGACUAUCCAGAUGAGGUGCUGCACUUUGCCCGGGCCCACCCACUCAUGUACCGCUCCGUGCUCCCCCGGCAUGGCCGUCCUGUCCUGGUGAAAACCAACCUGGCUCAGAGGCUGCUCCAGAUUGUGGUGGACCGGGUGGAGGCGGAGGAUGGGCCUUAUGAUGUCUUGUUCUUAGGGACAGAUGCAGGCUCUGUUCUGAAGGUUAUUGCCCUCCAGACAGUGAACUCUGUGGAGCCGGAGGAGGUGGUCCUGGAGGAGCUGCAGGUUUUUAAGGUGCCCACCCCCAUCACAGAGCUGGAGAUAUCUGUCAAACGGCAAAUGUUGUAUGUGGGCUCCCAUCUGGGCCUGGCCCAGCUCCGGCUGCACCAGUGUGAGACCUAUGGCAGUGCCUGUGCCGAGUGCUGCCUGGCUCGGGACCCCUACUGCGCCUGGGAUGGGACCACUUGCACCCGCUACCGGCCUGGCCCCAGCAAGCGUCGAUUCCGCCGGCAGGAUGUUCGUCAUGGCAACCCGGUGCUGCAGUGUCUGGGCGAAGGUCUCGAUGGAAGCCCAGAGGAAACCGUGGUGUAUGGCACAGAGCACAACAGUACCUUCUUGGAGUGUCACCCCAAGUCCCCCCAGGCAACAGCACGUUGGUUUGUCCAGAGGCCUGGCGACAAGCAUCUGGACCAGGUGAAGACAGAUGAGCGGAUCCUGAGGACAGAGCAGGGGCUGCUGUUCCGGAGGCUGAACCGUCUGGACGCGGGCACCUACUCGUGCCAGACGCUGGAGCACGGCUUUGCUCGGACCGUGGCCCGCUUGGUGCUGGAGGUGAUCGGGGGAGACCAGUUGGAGGCCCUGUUCACACAGCGGCGGGAGCCCGAGCCCCGCCCGGCCCCCACCUCAAGGCUCUGGUCCAAGGACUUCCCCCAGCUCAUUGGUUACACUAACCUCCCCCAGGUUGAGGAGUACUGCGAGCGGGUCUGGUGCGGGGACCGCCAUCGCCGCCGCCACGGCGGCAAGCCUGGCAAGGGCAAGAGCUGGCCUGGUCCUGAGCCCGGGAAGAAGGGUCGGAGUCGGGCCCAGGGGGAAAGGAACCGGACACCCCGGGAAGUCUCGGCUCCUUAGAGAUGUGCGAAGGGCUUGGGCAGGGGAGGGGCAAGGGGAUGAGUGCAGCAGAGGUGUCCUGGGCAGUGACCCUACCCAAUUCCUCCCCAACUGUGGGGAGCCCAUUGGCCAGCCCCACUGCCUGCCUUGCAUAGUCCUCAGGGCUUCCAGGAGGCAAGUGAGAGGAAAGUGAAUUCAGAGGGGCUGGUGGGCUGAAGCCAAAUCCCAAUGCCCCCUACCCCACCUAAACCAGGAGUCUGGUCAUCUCUCCUUCAGAGCCAGUGAUCUGUUUGCCCUCUGUUCUUCAGACUGGCUUAGUGGAAGGCCUCCUUGACCCAUUCACUCCACUGCAGCCCAGCCCAGCCAAGUCUAGUCUAGUCAAACCUAGUCCAGCCCAGUCCAGUCCAGCCCAGACCUACCUGUUUCCCAAGAAAUUUCCAGUUGUGCUCAGCUGUGUUUUUCCUAGCAGCAGAAUAAUAGCUAUUCUGUGUGACCCUUGACCCAGCGACCAAGGAGGCCGUGCCCCCUCUGUGCUCCCUCCAGGCUAGUUAGCAGUUCCUGGGAAGUAACUUGGAGCCCCAAGACAGGAAGCAGAGCUUGGGAGGGGGACAUGGGCAGGGGUCAGGGUGAAGUCUACUUACAUGGGUAAGUCAACCUACGAUAAAGAGCCCAGGGCUUCUAGAUUCGACUGAAGCAGAGGAACAAGCUGGACUCAGGGCUGGGUACAGGUCAUGCCAGCUGGCACUUCUCUUACUGUCUCACUAACCAAAGGGCCCAGCCGACUCGUCCUACCAGAUGCACUGGAGACCAGCAGUGGGGUAGAGUCUGUGCCUGCUUAGGGUGUCUGGGGGAAAUGCCAUCCUGGGUGUGAUCAACGGGCCAUCCAGCUCAGGAUGCCACCCAAGGAUGGUGGCUCUCUUUGGCAUCUAACUGCACACUUGUCUCUCUAGUAAUCUGCUAGGGAGGUCUUGUCCAUGAAUCUAACUACAUCCUUCUUGAGCCUAGCCAUAUACUUUCUGCCUUGCUCAGUUUUCAAUGGGAACAAAUUAUGUAUGUGGGGAGAAGUGUCUGUCCUGCUCUUUGUUCUGAAACUCCCCGCCUCCUUCCAACCCUACCACAGUUCCCAUGGGUGCCCCUCACCCCAGUGGGUUGGGAUUUGGGGAAUCGCAAUUCUAUGUUGGUCUUCUCCCACCCUCUGCCCCCUUCCAAUCUGGUUCUGUAACCUGCAAACCUGCAAACCUGCAACCUUGCCCCCUUGCAGCCGCUCCUACAGUGGAAGCUGCCUCCUCAUCUUUGCCUGUGGGCUGUGGGUGCCCUGCUCUGCUUCGUCUCCAGCUGUUCCAGCUGGACCAGCUCUUAAAACUUUCAGCCUCUUUUAUGGACAA